AUGAUGAUGGUCUCCAUUAACAGCCACCGCCAGCAGCUCAUGAUGUACCUGCACUUGCUCGUUCACUUGUUCCUUGGGAUCCAACAUCAGCUCUCGCACUCCCUCGCCACCUACAGCAACCAAACUACCAUACCACCAGCAGCAGCUGUUCCGUGCCGGCCGGACCAGUCCGCGGCGCUGCUCCGGCUGCGGCGUUCCUUCUCCGCCACCACCACCACCGACUCCACACGCACCCUCGCGUCAUGGCGGCCCGGCACGGACUGCUGCCGCUGGGAGGGCAUCGCCUGCGCUACCGCUGACGGCCGCGUCACCACCCUCGACCUCGCGGAAUGCGGGCUGCAGAGCGCCGGCCUCCACCCGGCGCUUUUUGAGCUCACCUCCCUGAGGUACCUGGACCUCUCCUUCAACAGCUUCAACGAGUCGGAGCUCCCGGCUGUUGGGUUUGAGCUGCUCACCGAGCUCACCUACCUCAACCUCUCCUACACCGACUUCAUAGGCAACAUACCGCACGGGAUACGGCGGCUCAACAAGCUAGUAUCCCUGGACUUCACCAACUGGAUUUAUCUUGUUGAAGGUGACAAUGACUAUUUCCUGCCACUCGGUGAAGGAAGGUGGCCCAUCGUAGAGCCAAACAUUGGAUCAUUCGUCGCUAACCUUAGCAACCUCAAGGAGCUUUAUCUAGGCAAUGUCGACUUAUCCGGCAACGGGGCAACAUGGUGCAGUGCCUUUGCUAAUUCCACUCCACAGCUUCAGGUUCUUAGCCUACCAAAUACACACAUCGAUGCUCCAAUUUGUGAAUCGUUGUCCAGCAUUCGCUCACUGACCAUGAUCAACCUAAACUAUAACAAAGUCUAUGGCCAAAUUCCAGAGUCCUUUGCUGACUUACCUUCCCUCAGUGUUCUUAAGCUUGCCUAUAAUCGCCUCGAAGGACGGUUCCCGAUGAGGAUCUUCCAGAACAUAAACUUAACGGCUGUUGAUGUUAGUUAUAAUUCCAAGGUAUUGCAUCAGCUGACUUUCACCAGGAGCAGCUUCCCACUUCAAUUGGUUUCUGGGGCUGGUAUAGUAGGAGAAAUACCAUCUUGGGUUGCAAAUUUGACUUCUCUGGAAACUCUACAGUUCUCGAACUGUGGGUUAUCUGGUCAAGUACCUUCCUUCAUAAGUAACCUCAAGAACCUAAUUAAAUUGAAAUUGUAUGCAUGUAAUUUUUCUGGUCAAAUUCCUCCACAUCUAUUUAAUCUUACUCAAUUAGGCAUCGUAAAUUUACAUUCCAAUAGUUUCAGUGGUACCAUUCAACUCAACUCAUUCUUUGAAAUGCCCAACCUAGUCAUACUGAAUCUUUCAAACAACAAGCUUUCCGUAGUAGAUGGGGAAUACAAUUCUUCAUGGGCAUCCAUCCAAAACUUUGAUACUCUAUGUCUAGCAUCUUGUAACAUAUCCAAGCUCCCUAAUACCUUAAAGCACAUGUAUUUUGUUGAAGUUCUUGACCUUUCAAACAAUCACAUCCAUGGCCCUCUACCACAGUGGGCAUGGGAUAAUUGGAUCAACUCUCUCAUCUUGAUGAACAUAUCACACAACCAAUUUAGUAGUGGUAUUGGAUAUGGCCCUGUCAUUUUUGCUAAUAUAUUUGUUAUCGAUAUCAGUUAUAACCGAUUUGAAGGGCCUAUACCUAUACCAGGACCGCAGAACCAACUAUUUGAUUGCUCAAACAACCAAUUCUCAUCCAUGCCAUUCAAUUUUGGUUCUCACUUAAGUAGUAUUUCCCUACUCAUGGCUCAUGGAAACAAGUUGUCUGGAGAAAUUCCACAAUCAAUCUGUGAAGCAACAAGCCUUAUGCUCCUUGAUCUCUCCAAUAAUGAUUUGAUUGGCUCCAUCCCUUCUUGUUUAAUGGAGGAUAUGAGUCGCCUCAAUGUAUUAAAUUUGAAAGGAAAUCAACUUCAUGGAAGAUUACCAAAUAGCCUGAAGCAAGAUUGUGCAUUUGAGGCAUUAGACUUUAGUGAUAAUCAAAUUGAAGGACAAUUACCUAGAUCUCUAGUUGCUUGCAAAGACUUGGAGGUUUUUGAUAUUGGGAAGAAUCUUAUUAAUGAUACAUUUCCAUGUUGGAUGAGUAUGCUUCCUAAACUUCAAGUCCUUGUUCUAAAGUCCAACAGGUUCAUGGGAGAUGUGGGACCAUCUAUUUCAGAAUAUCAAAAUAGUUUUGAGUUUGGAAAAGUUCAAAUUAUUGACUUGGCUUCAAACAAUUUCUCUGGACUAUUGCGAAACAAGUGGUUUACGUCAAUGGGAUCCAUGAUGACUAAAGAUGUCAAUGAGACGUUGGUCAUGGAAAAUCAAUAUGAUCUACUUGGCCAAACAUACCAAUUCACCACUGCCAUCACAUACAAAGGAUCUGAUAUUAGUUUUUCUAAAAUAUUGAGGACCAUUGUCAUCAUUGAUGUUUCUAAUAAUGAAUUCUAUGGCACUAUUCCUGAGUCAAUUGGGGACCUUGUUCUACUUGGUGGGCUAAAUAUGUCACAUAAUGCCCUCAUUGGACCGAUCCCAUCUCAGCUUGGCAUGCUACAUCAACUUGAGUCACUAGACUUGUCUUCAAAUGAACUUUCUGGAGAGAUCCCAUGA